AAUGGUGUUUGUGUGUGAGGAACAGAUGUUUAAUGAUUUUAAAUACAUUUAUGCAGAACUGAGAAUAUUUCGAAGUGGAAGUUAUAUACACUCUCCGUAAAGACAGAAGAAUGUUUAUGGUAUUAAGUUAUUUCGACAUUGUAAGAGAUCCAAUUUAAUAUGUUACGGUUAUGAGUCUCAAUGAAUACAAGAAGACGCCACGGUUCUAGAAGUACAGAGCAGGGAGUAUAUCUUGGACCCUCCCAAACACAAGUGUAUCCCCCUGCAUCCAGCCCUCCUGUUUAUCAGCCUCAACCACCACCUCCUCCUCCUCCUCCCUUAGCAAUUAUUGACGAUACCAUGUCCUGUAGAGAUCGAACACAGGAGUUUCUGUCAGCCUGCAAAUCCCUGCAGGGGAGACAGAAUGGGGUCCAGAUUAACAAACCAACUCUGACUGCUAUAAAGCAGAGAAGUGACUUUACGCUAAUGGCAAAGAGAAUCGGGAAGGAUUUAAGUAACACAUUUGCCAAACUGGAAAAGCUUACUAUACUUGCCAAAAGGAAGUCUUUGUUCGAUGACAAAGCCAUCGAAAUAGAGGAGCUGACUUACAUAAUUAAGCAGGACAUCAACAGUCUGAACAAACAGAUUGCUCAGCUGCAGGAAUUUGUGAAAGCUCGGGGUAACCAGAAUGGAAGACACUUACAAACACAUUCCAAUACAAUUGUCGUUUCAUUACAGUCCAAAUUGGCAUCAAUGUCAAAUGAUUUUAAGUCUGUACUUGAAGUCCGCACAGAGAAUCUCAAGCAACAGAGAAGCAGAAGAGAACAUUUCUCCCAGCUACCAGUUUCAGGGUCACCUUUGCAUGCGAAUAAUUUUGGCAACUCUGUUCUGAUGCAGGAUGAAUCUCGACGAUCAGGUGAUGUUUCUAUAAACAUGGACUCCAAAGUUAGUCAGCAGUUGCAGCUUAUAGACGAACAGGACUCGUACAUUCAAAGCAGAGCUGACACCAUGCAAAACAUAGAGUCAACAAUUGUGGAGCUCGGGUCUAUAUUCCAGCAGCUUGCUCAUAUGGUUAAAGAACAAGAGGAGACUGUUCAAAGGAUUGAUGCCAAUGUGGAGGAUGCUCAACUGAAUGUGGAAGCAGCUCACUCAGAAAUCCUUAAAUACUUUCAGUCAGUUACCUCAAAUCGCUGGCUAAUGGUGAAGAUCUUCUUCAUUCUCAUCAUUUUCUUCAUUGUCUUUGUAGUCUUUCUGGCUUAAGCAAGGUAUAACAUUCACACAGGAGGCCAGUGUCCCACUGCACUCACAGCUGUGCCUUACUGCAGUGAUACCAACAAAUGAAAUGCACAUUUUAUUGGCAAGUUCCAUUUUUGUGAGGAUUCUUGGUAAAUAUUUUGCUUUUCAUGUGCACAGUGAAGCGGUGUCUAAAUUUAGCACUUGACUGUUUUUAGGGAAAUAUUGUACCAACAAGACACUGCCUGAAGAAAUCGUGGUGUCAUUCUUACAGGAAUCCUUCAAAGUGAGGCCCAAACAUGAGCCAAUUAAAACUGAAUUUCCAAGCUGCUAUUGUACAGUAUGGUGUAGUCCUGGGAGGAGUCUAAAGCAGUAUGUUCAGAUCCUCCAUUUCCCUGCACACCAGUCUGAUCACUCGGUGCACUUUCUGUCCCUGUUUGAAAGUACAUUAUUAAAGAACGCUAGCAAGUGUACGUAAAUCUGUGAAGUUAAAUCUUAACCUGUGAAGAGACAGGUAGAGUGGGGAAAAACUGGUUUUAAAACUCAACUUCUUUCAGCGACAUGGAUCAGUGUUUACCCAAUAAAAAGAGAAGUCGGCACAAGAAAAUUACUUCAGACAACACUUUGACCUGGCAGUCCUCUGCUCCUCCACAUUUAUUCCGGAGUAAAUGAAUUAGGCUCUUUUUUUCUGAUUUGGGUGGAAUGGUAAAAUUUUCCAUUUCAACAUCCAACACAGUGCUUGGAAUGUUUUUGCAGUUAUAUUUAUUACUUUGUAUCACUUCACAUUUAUUUUGGAAGUUUUGUAUUGUAUCUUGGAAGGUGCUGAGAUUCAUUGUUUGAUUUGGACUACUAGCAAAAGUGGACAUGGGGUGAAAGCAAGCAAGCAAGUGUCCUCUUCAGUCUUCUUCUGUUCCCUGUUUCUAAUGUAUUUAAUUAACUAGCCUUUCAAAAUGGGAGUAAAGAACAUGUAACUUAUGUGCAAUAUAUAUAUAUAUAUAUAUAUUCAGAGAAAGAGAGAAAUGUUUUGACAUAUGGAUACAUUUCUGUCAGAAUCAUUUUGAUUUCUGCAUUUUUCUACUUUCUUAAAACAAAAUUAAAAAAUGCCAGUUUACUACUUUUUUGAUAAAAUUAGUGAUGGACAUUAAAAUAUAAAGAAACAUUCCACCACUUCAUCCUUUUGACUGGAAGGGGUUAAGUUAGAAAUGAAAAUUGAGUAGAUCUGUUUUUUGUUUUGAUUCUGUUUUUAUUGUAAGUAUAUAGAAUAUUUUUAAUUUGCAUACCACGGGGGGGGGGGGGGGGUUGGUUUAUGAAUUAAAUGACCAUGUUAACUAAAUUUGAUCACUCAAUGUACAGCUAUAUUGAAAGACCGUUUCUGUUAAUAUUUUUCAUUUUUCUCCAUUGUCUAUGUUUUUUUUUCUUUUUUUUUGUCCUGAAGCUCUUGCCAAUCCUUUUUUUUUUUUUUCGAUCAAGUUAAUGCUUCAACCACAAGAAACGUUUCUAACGUUUGGUAUCUACUGACAUUUUCUGAGUGGGUGUCUCCUAGAUGCCAAGGCUGAUUCUCUAAUACUUCUCCAUUUCUGAGAUACACCGGUGCCGAUUGCUAUCCUACGUGAUUUUGUUUUCCUUUGCAGUUACAAUAAAUUAUACAAGAGUCACCAAAAUAAGGAAGAAAGGGGACAAAUCUUUGGUUGACUAUUUUUUAAUCACUAAAUCUUUCAGUAAGCCUACAUUUGCUUUUUUUUUUUCAUGGCAGCAGUCCAUUGAUAUCUUCAAGCUUGAAAUGUUAAGUUUGAAUCUUCUAACAUUUAUAUAAAAUUUUAUGAGAUUUGUACAUAUGUCUUCCUUGGUGAAUGCAUCUGUUGAAAAAAGAAAAAAAAAAUCGCAUUGUAUAUAAUGUGUAUAUAUGUCUGUAUAGAAAAAGAAAGCCUGCAGCUUGCUUUCUUUUACCAAAUGGAGCUGAAAUGUGUUCCACUCUUUGAUUGCCUCAGAAAUGGACUUCUGCAUUAACUGUGAUUAGAUAAGUGCACCUUUCUGUGUGACCUGCAGGUGGCAGUCCUGCCACAGCUGGGAUGAAACAUGAUUGGCGUUCACUUUUUGUAUUGUUGUAGAGCAUAUGCUUGACCAAAAAAAAGACAGAUGACAGAUUACUGUAACAGUGUAUACAGUUGUGCAUUUUGUAUAUUAAUAAAUAUAAUAUACAAGUCAA